UAAAGUGCUGAUUUAUCCGUAGCUGAUCGCAUUUUAAGCUUCUGUAAACAUAUUUCACAAGUUCGAGUCGUCUUCAGUUUUACAUACUUAUACAGGAAAGUGUUUAUGUCUGUACCAAUUCACUUUAUUACUCGGAAUCAAGCGCUCUUUGGGAAAGUGAAAAUUCAAGGGGCAAUUAACAAUUAAAGCUGAGAACUAGCUACUUAAACCAAGAGACUUAAGAAAACAUAGUGUGGAUAAAUGUUAUUUUCUCACAAGUUGUUAACGAGAAAAUUCACAUGCUGGAACACUUGAGGAAAUUACACAUACACGUUACCAAAGGAUCGAACCUAAACUGGAAUCGUAUAGUAAAUGAACGCUUUCAAUGAACCCCUGUGCUAUCCUGAAGGACUAAGAAGUUGUGACACAAGUAGCACGAGCAGUACUAUGCAUCUAGAGACUAUACCAGCCGUAAACCAGGAAACUUCUCAUCACUCCGCGUUAAAUUCGAGCCUCAACAGCUCUACAUCAUCAUCCGACAUGGCCGACACAAAAAUUACAGAAUCACCUGAUAUGAAAGUAAAGAAUGAGACGGACACGAGUGACGAGGACAAGAAGAAGAAGAGACAGCGGAGACAACGCACACAUUUCACGAGCCAACAGCUGCAGGAGCUCGAGGCAACAUUCGCUAGAAACAGGUACCCGGAUAUGGCAACACGCGAGGAAAUCUCGGCAUGGACUAACCUCACUGAGGCUCGAGUCAGAGUCUGGUUUAAAAAUCGUCGAGCAAAGUGGAGAAAGCGGGAGCGAAACAUGGAAACAUUUAAAACAGGCUUUGGUACGCAGUUUACUGGACUCAUGCAGCCCACAUUUGAUGACAGUUUCUACAAUGGUUAUUAUAACAACUCUUGGGCGACCAAAGUUCCGAGCCCACUGGGCUCCAAGUCGUUUCCCUGGGGGUUUAACUCAGUAAACCCCCACUUGUCAUCCGUCGUUCCUUCACAGCCCAUGUGUUUCUCUUCACCAUCUACAAGCAUCAGUUCCAGUAUGGUAAACAAUGUACCCACAGUUCCGACAAAUAUGAACAAUCCGAAUUCCCCGUGCCCAUACGCGAGCCCAGCUCCACCCUACAUAUACAGCCCUAACAGAGACACGUGCACAAACAGUAUCGCGGCACUGCGGCUAAAAGCUAAACAUCAUUCUACUAAUCCAUUCUCCUACCCAUCUAUGUCCCCCCGACAACAGUCACUGUCGGCAUGCCAAUACGCAACUGUCGGCAACACGGGAACUGUGUGAUGAGAACGGUACAGGACAUGUGUAAAAUACUUACCAAUCAAAUUGUGCGAAGGUGAAAAACGAUCUGAACAGUCUGAUAUAGAUCUGAAUUGCUUCACAUUUUUACGUUUUUACAUUUCCGAAAUGAUGGAGAUUUAUUUUAGUUAUGUUUUAAAUUCAAAACUGGAGAAGAAAACGUGCCAGAAAUAUAUUUAUUAUUGUGUUAAAGACAUAGUAAGCACAACCGAAGUAUGAAUAUUUUCAAUAUUGGUAUCGGACGCACAAAAGACUUUCGCAAGACAUAAGCGCUGAGUGCGAAUCUGCACUAACUGUAUCGAAUGUCCACAUGCGUAGCCCGUUUAAUGGUAGGUUCGUCUUCCAGUGGUUGCUUGACGAUAGAAACAAACGUGGGUAUCGAUUACAUACCGAAAGGUAGACUUUUUGUAUAUUUUUGUUAAACGUAUAUUGUGUUUAUAAAUGUUAUUAAAUGUGCUUUGGAUAAGAAACAUUUGUUACGUAUUUGAAAACAGUUGUACAGCAAAUUAUACACUCCUACUUCCUAACAAUAACGAAUUUAUACUAUGUCAGUCACAUAUUCCUAGAUGCACAGAUUUUAGGAAAGGCAUUGAUCAGGUUUUUCAAACUAUAAUAUGAGCCGUGCCAUGAGAAAAUCAACAUAGUGGGUUUGCGACCAGCAUGGAUCCAGACCAGCCUGCGCAUCCGCGCAGUCUGGUCAGGCUCCAUGCUGUUCGCUUUUAAAGCCUAUUGGAAUUGGAGAAACUGUUAGCGAACAGCAUGGAUCCUGACCAGACUGCGCGGAUGCGCAGGCUGGUCUGGAUCCAUGCUGGUCGCACACCCACUAUGUUGGUUUUCUCAUGGCACGGCUCAUAUUUGUUUGAUAUCUCAUUAUAAUAUACAUACAUGAGAAUAAAAAAAAUAAGUAUGAGAACAUACCUGUUUAUUUGCUAUAUAGGAUUUACAUAAAAUGUGUCUACUUGCCUACUGUUUUUUAGCCCAAUAAUGUGGGUUUUUUUUUACCAAAUCCCAUAAAAAAAUGAAUGUAAUACCAUUUAGCCUUAGAUCUAUCACAACUUGUAUUCAGAACGGAAAGACCAUGUUAGAGACCAGUAAGUCAGAAAUCUUUGUCGUAAAGUCUUUAACUGGCUUGAAAAUUACUUUUUUCAUUUAAAGACGAAUACAACACUAUUAAACUAUUGCAUGACAUGGAUUUUACAAUUGUUUUUGUACUAGUGCUGUAAAAGACAUGAUAUUUAUUUGUUUUUGUAUAGAUAAUUGACGACUGUGAAUAAAUUUUUAGAACAAA